AUGCACAAAAUAAAAGUACUUGAAUUAUAUUGUGGAAUAGGAGGAUUACACUAUAGUUUGUUUCAAGCUUUUAUAAAUUUUGUUCAUACGAAUAAGCUAAAAGAAAAAUAUGAUACAGUGAAGGAACCUCAUGAGGUUAAUAAAAAUAAUGAUAUAUGUAAUCUCCAAAAUAUAUGUGAUACAUAUAAAGAUGAUAUACAUAAUGAUAUAAAAAAUUAUAAAAGUAUUGAGAUUCAUAAAUAUCAUGAUUGCACUUUAACAUGUUUAAAUGAUUUAUUUUGUUUUAUUUCAGUCGAUUUAAAUCCUAUAGCUAACCAUACUUAUUUUCAUAAUUUUAAAGAUUCCACAAUUUUGUUAACAGAAGCGAGAGACAUCAAUAAAUUUUUUAAAUCCAAAUGUGAUAGUGUGGAUGAACAAAAUAAUGGGUCAACUGAUAGUGAAAAAAAAAAAAAUAAAAUAAAAAUAAAUAAAAAAAAAAAAAAAAAAAAAAAUAAUAAUAAUAAUAAUAAUAAUAAUAAUAAUAUUAAUAACAAUGAUGAUGAUAACAUUUUUAAUAUAAACAAAAAUUAUAUCAUACAAACAGAUAUAAAUAAUAUUAUGCCAGAAUUUUUAAACAAUCAUCAUUUUAACAUAUUAUUAAUUUCUAAUCCUUGUCAACCAUAUACAAGACAAAAUAAAAAAUUUAAAGAAAUCAAUUUGGAUCUCCUAUUUUGCAACAAAAACGUAGGAAAGGAAAAUAUAAAGAAUAACAUUUGUAAUGAUAACCAUAAUUUUUAUACUAAUGAUAAUCAGAAUCAUCAAUUCAAUAUAAAUAAUUUAAAUAUAGACGAGCUAAAUAAUUAUCUAUACAAUGAUAAAGAUGAAAGAACAAAAAGUUUUAUACAUAUAUCUACAUUACUUACUAAAGUAGAUUUUAAAAAUUUACCACAGUUUAUAUUUAUAGAAAAUGUAAAAAAUUUUGAACUCUCUUCUUCUUUUUUAUAUUUUAUUUAUUGUAUUAAAAAUAAUUAUUCUUUUCAAACAUAUUUACUUUCUCCAUUACAAUUCGGUAUACCUAAUGAACGUUUUAGAUUUUAUUGUAUAUGUAAAAAAAACAAUUAUGAUUAUAAACAUACAAAUAAUUUAUUAAGACAAAAUUAUAUGAAUGAUAAGAACAUAAAUUUAUAUACAAAUUCUUUAAUACCCAAACAUUAUUUACAUAAAAAUAAUAUACAUGAAGAAAAAAAGAAUCAAAGUGAUAAUUAUAAUAAUAUCAAUUGUGAUAAUAUUAUUUUUUAUACACCACAUUUAAUAACAUAUCUAGAUGUUAAUAAUAAUUUUAAUAUUACAAAUAAUAUUUGGAAUCAUAUUAAUAUAUAUAAUAAUUAUUUAGAUACCUAUCAAGUUCAAAAUCAAAUAUUACAAAAAAACGCUUCCUAUUGUUUUGAUAUAAUCAAUAUUAAUAAAAAAACAAUCACCUGUUGCCAUGUAGCAAAUUAUCAUCAUCAUCAGAAAAAACAAAACGUAAACAAUAUUUCGAAUGAUAAACAAAACAAUUAUAUGAAUGCAAAAAGAAAUUAUGCCAUGUGUUUUACUUCUAAUUAUGGAAGAUACAUAAAAGGUUCAGGUUCUAUACUAUAUUAUAAUCGAAAGAAUUAUACUAAUGACGUUGAAGAAGAAACAAAAAAAAAACAAACAAAUGUGUCAACAAAAGAGAAUAAAGAAAAUGUAAAUGCAUUUAAUUAUAAAUGCAAUUGUAUAUCUCCAUCUCAUAAUGACACUUAUCAAACGCAUAAAAAAAAAAAUUCCAUGAAAAAAUAUGAAAAUAAUGUAAGAUAUUUUACUCCGACAGAAAUUUCGAGAUUAAUGGGAUUUAAAAUGAAAACAAAUAAUAUAAACCAAAAUCAAAAUGAAAAAAAAAAAAAAAACACAUAUGGAAAUAUUUUUUGGAAUAUCGAUCAUAUCAAUCAUACAUGUGCUUUUUAUAGUAAUAAACAUUAUUGUGAUGUGCUAAAUAAAAAUGCAUGCUUAUUAACAUAUAAAAAUGACACAAAUAUAAAUAAUCAUUCUUAUCAAAAUUAUCAUAAAAAUAAUUGUUUAUGUCAUGAAUUUGUCUUUCCAAAUUUUUUAACAGAUAGACAAAAAUAUAAAUUAAUUGGAAAUUCAGUUAAUGUAAUUGUUAUAUCAUACAUUUUUCACGUCCACAAUAUAUUUGAUCACAUAUAA